GGACCCACCUCAAAAAAUAUUGACAAAAUAGUUUAUUAAUUAAAAAAUAAUUAAGAUGAAAUGAUCGAACGAAUUUGUGCAUAUGAGAGUAAGCCCCACGCGAACCCUUCAUCCUUCACCUACCCUCUUCCACAGUUAAAUUACUGCUGCCGCUACUGCUAACGUCUAUAAAUUGGCAUCCACCCCCUUCUCUCUACACCACAACUCACCCGCAACUUAAUUAAACAUCAUUCUCUUUUGCUCUUGCUCUUGCUCUUGCUCUUGUGUGUGAAAAAGGAGAGAAAAAACAGAGACAGAGAUGGAGAACUUCCCUGUGAUCAACAUGGAGAAGCUCAAUGGGGAGAAGAGAGCUGCCACCAUGGCGCUCAUUAAUGAUGCAUGUGAGAACUGGGGUUUCUUCGAGCUGGUAAACCACGGGAUCCCGCCGGAGGUGAUGGACGCAGUGGAGAGAAUGACGAAGGAGCACUACAGGAAGUGCAUGGAGCAGAGGUUCAAGGAGAUGGUGGCAGCCAAGGCCCUGCAAGGAGUUCAAAACGAAGUGAAGGACAUGGAUUGGGAGAGCACCUUCUACUUGCGCCAUCUCCCUGUUUCCAACAUUUCCGAAGUCCCAGAUCUUCACGAAGACUACAGGAAUGUGAUGAGGGAUUUUGCGGCGAGAUUGGAGAAAUUGGCAGAGCAGCUGCUUGACUUGCUGUGCGAGAACUUGGGGCUGGAGAAGGGAUACCUGAAGAAGGCAUUCUACGGAUCCAAGGGACCAAACUUCGGAACAAAAGUGAGCAACUACCCUCCCUGUCCCAAGCCAGAUCUCAUCAAGGGGCUGCGAGCCCACACCGACGCCGGCGGCGUCAUCUUGCUCUUCCAGGACGACAAGGUCAGCGGCCUCCAGCUCCUCAAGGGCGACCAGUGGGUCGACGUCCCCCCCAUGCACCACUCCAUUGUCAUCAACCUCGGCGACCAGCUCGAGGUGAUAACGAAUGGGAGGUACAAGAGCGUGCUGCACAGGGUGAUUGCGCAGACGGACGGGACGAGAAUGUCGAUAGCGUCGUUUUACAAUCCAGGGAGCGACGCGGUGAUAUACCCGGCGCCGGCAUUGGUGGAGAAGGAAGCCGAUGGGGAGAAGAAGCAAGCGUACCCCAAGUUUGUGUUCGACGACUAUAUGAAGCUGUACGGGGAAUUGAAGUUCCAAGCGAAGGAGCCCAGAUUUGAGGCCAUGAAGGCCGUGGAUUCCAGCACUGCUACUACUCCAAUUGCAACCGCUUAAUCAAUCAUCAGAUCAUCACUGCUGAUAUAUACCAAAUAUAUAUUUGAAGGAUGGAUAUAUAUAUAUAAUAUAAUAUAAUGAUUCAUAUACAUAAGGAGUCAUGGUCUGAUCUAUGAGGCCGGACUAUUUAAUUAAUUAUCAUUAUAGUUAUUGUUUGUUAAAAAAUGUAACUGGAAUUACUAUUCCUAAUAAACUGGUAUUAUGCUAAGUGAAAUUAGCUUUGUAUC